AUGUCAACGAUUAGUUCAACAUUUAUCAUCGAAUUUCAACAUUUACAUGCAAAAUUACCAUAUUAUGUUGAUAUAUUCACCAGUGUUGAUUAUACAGAUUUCAGUGAAACCUCAUACAGAAGGACAUUUCUUAAAACUAAAGCGGGAAAUCGUUUAAAAAGAUGUCAUUGUUUUUGUUCUCUCAGUCUCUAUUAUACACUAGGCGAAGUUGAAAAUCUGCCGCUUCUGGGCUAUCAACAUAAUGCCGCACCCAUCUUUACAGUGGGCAUCGCUAACAAUUCCAACUUACCUCUAUGUUCCUCUGUUAAUUUAGAUAUGGAGAGCAUAGAACUAAAGGAAAGAAAACUGUCUUCGUGUAGUAAGUAUGAUAAAAAUAGUUGUAGUCAAUCUGUGGCAAAAAAUGAGGAUUGCUCAAUCAGCGGCAACAAUGAGCGAUUGUUGACGAAGGAAUUGACGGAUAAUGAAAGAGAAAUUCAACUGCUUAUCCAAAAGUAUUUGCAGUAUAGAGAACAACUUAUAAUCAAAUCAAAUUUGAAAACAACUUUGAGACCAUUAAGUGAUAACGCAGUAAAACUGAAAAAUGAACUUGAGAAAAGAAAUAACUCAAAAACGGUUGAAAGUAAUAUUGAGAUGCAAACAAGCAAUGAGAUCAACACGCUGAGGAGAGCUAUGCAAAAGUUGCGACGAUGGAAAAACGGCUCACAACAAUUUACGUAUAGAAAUAUGAAAAAGUUACGUGAAUUCUUAUUCAUAGCUAAAAACAAGUUCAUUCUGACGUCUUUGCAAAUAUUGUACCAAGAAAAGUCUUAUUUCUCUCUGCAAACGUCAUCCAAAAAGCAAAAUGUUGAGUCCGUCGAAGAUGAGAUUGUCAGCGAAGAUUUGUGGACAAUUUUGCAGUCAAAGAUUAAAAAGAACAUUGAAAAUGGAGUCCCCUUGUUCAAAAUUGAAAAUAUUUUCCAAGAUAUCGAAACGCUGUGGAGCAACCUACAGCAGCUGUGA